UAUACAUAGUAUAGUAGCUAGGUGGGUAGUAUUUUUAUACGAAUGAAUACGUAGGGAUUGAAUGAUGUAGGUAAAAAGGCAAUGAGAUUGAAGCCCUGAUCCCUCUCAUCUCAACUCAAGUCUCAAAGGAAAGACAAGCGUGUAAGUAUGAGGGAUUACGGUCUUGUCCAACUGUACUUGACGCCAAUAUCUUCACAUAUCUCCAUUAAUAAUAUUAAUGAAAUCUCACCAAUAAAUAUACAAUAUUUUACUCCAUCAAACUCUUGUAUAAAUAAUGUUUGUGACUUGUGAGAAAAUCACAAGGCAUCAGGCAUGGCCACUUUCCUUCCCAAACCAGCACCAUCAGAAUCACCCCAAUGGCUCCUCCAUGUUAACAUGGAUCCGCAAAGCAUAACCCGCUUCUUCUCGUCUGAAACUCAAAACCCUCCACAAACCAGAAAUCAUGAAAAAACACUCGAAGGAAUCGCUGCUAUUGUUGGAGAACACGUCCUCUUUGGGACAAAAAAUGACAGUAACCCCACCCACCACAAAAUGAUGGAACAUAACAAGACGGAGAAUGGUCCGGUCACCAAGAGGUACAGAGGGGUCAGGAAGAGGCCCUGGGGAAGGUGGUCGGCGGAGAUACGCGACCGUAUUGGGAGGUGCCGCCACUGGCUUGGCACUUUCGACACCGCGGAGGAGGCGGCGCGUGCCUACGAUGCGGCGGCUAGGCGCCUGAGAGGGUCCAAGGCUCGAACCAACUUCGAGAUACCGUCGGUGUUGCCGGUUUCGGCGUCGUCGUCAUCGUCGUCGAGCAGUGGCGGAAUCCGCAAGAGGAAAGGGGCGCGCGGUGGCGAUAGGAAGUGUUCGGUGGUUACCUCGGUUGCACAAUUGUUCAGUUCUGGGGUGCCUGAUGCGCUUGAGCUAAAGCUUGGUGUGAGGAGUGAGAAUGGGAGCAUUGCUGCUGAUGAUGUUAUAUAUGGUUCUGUAGGUUAGUAUUAGAAUCAGUAUUAGUAUUAUUCUUAGAUAGAGCAGUGCAUGCAUGCAAUUGGGAUGAACACAAUAGAAUAUGUAAUCCAUGUAUGUUGAAUGAAUAGUAA